UGAUCACGUGAUCAAGUGGCAUCUUGAUGACACUUAUAUGAUUGGUGGUCAGGACAGGAUUAACUUAGGUCAAAGAAAAAAAAUAUGAUUUUAACGAACAGUUGAUUUUUGAUGAAGAUUUAUUUGCACCACUUUCAGUAAGACGUAAGUCAUUUAAACUGUACAGAUUUACACAGCGGACGGAACACUUCACUGUGGCGCUUGAACACACACGGAGCCUUUUGGCGGCUGCACCAGUAAGCUGUCAAACCACAGAGGUUCCUCCACUCUUAACUGUGCGGCCUGCAGAAUGGCUCAGGGAGACAGCAAGGCGCUGGUCCUGGGAGCGUUGGCUGGAGUGGCCGGCAUCGGUUUGGCCGUGGCGUUUUACCAGGGCUUUAGGUCGAGGCGAAGCGCCUCGGGGCCGUGGGACUACCUCAAUGGACAGGCCACCGGUGAGAUGAUGGUGAAUGGCCCAGGUCUCCCCAGGGGUCAGGCUGAGGUGCUGCAGCGCCUCGAGGCCCUCCUCCAGUGUGUGUCCGAGCUAAAGGAGGAGAUGAAGUCGUUGAAGAAUGCCCUGCCGACGCUGCAGGACCACGUCAGGGAGGAGCUGAGGGGAUCCAGCUCUCUCCACAGGACAACGCCAACGCGACGGAAAAGGGCUGCGGGCGCCAUCGCUGCGGCCAGAGCUGGCGCGCGGAGCUCAGAGGAAGCAGAGAGUGAGGGAGGGUACAUGACCGCGCUGACGGACUCUGAGGAAGAAGAAGAGCAAAGCGAUGCGGAGGAGGAGGACGAUGUCGAAGAACAACCUGCAGACAAGCUGUGUGUCCUCCUUGAGAGGAUCGACAGCUUGCGUCAGGGCUCCGAUUCGGACAAAAGGGAAUGUCUCAACCUCCUCCUGGAGCAGAGGGAGGAGUUUGGACAGAACUCCACAUUUCUUUGGCGGCUAAUCCGGGCUUACUGUGAUGUUCACGACAUCAGCUCCACCCUGGAGGAGAAGAAGACCACUGCGGAAACUGGCAAGAGGGCUGGCGAGGAGGCGGUGGGCCUGAACCCCGCGUGUGCCGAAAGCCAUCAGUGGUAUGCCAUCAUGUGUGGAAUAAUGGCAGAAUAUGAAACGGUGCAGAACAAGAUAAAGAACGGAUACAUCUUCAAGGAUCAUCUGGAUAAAGCCAUCGGGCUGAAGCCCCAGGACCCUUUGUCCUACUACCUUCUGGGCCGCUGGUGCUACGCUGUGGCUCAGUUGUCAUGGAUUGAGAGGAAAGUUGCUGCAACUUUAUUUGGAGAGCCUCCGAGUGCUACAGUUGAAGACGCACUGAGUAAUUUUCUGAAGGUUGAGGAGAUCCAGCCAGGAUAUUCCAAAAGCAACUAUGCUUUUCUGGCUAAGUGCUACAAAGACCUGGGCCGGAGGGAUAAGGCCAGGAAGAUGUGUGAAGCUGCUUCUUCGAUGAACACUGUAACCAAAGAGGAUCAAGAGGCACAAAAGGAGCUGGAACUACUUUGCCCAGCGCUUGGAGUGUGAGUGUGUGAGUGAGUGAGUGAGUGAGUGAGUGAGUGAGUGAGUGAGUGUGUGUGUGUGUGUGUGUGUGUGUGUGUGUGUGUGUGUGUGUGUGUGUGUGUGUGUGUGUGUGUGUGUGUGUGUGUGUGUGUGUGUGUGUGUGUGUGUGUGUGUGUGUGUGUGUGUGUGUGUGUGUGUGUGUGUGUGUGUGUGUGUGUGUGUGUGUGUGUGUGAGUGUGUGUGGAUACAGUCUAUGUUGAGAGGCCACCACGUUAAUUCACUCUAUGAGUGGGGGGGAGGGGGGGGGGGGUGCUGGGACACUAUUAGCAAUCAGAACCGUGCUUAAAUCUGAUUUGUAUUUGUAGUUGUUUUCUUCUGAGUGGGGGAAAACAAAAACACCUAGUUGUACCAAAUGGGUGAGACAAUUGGUGUUCACAUGUUUUUGUGUCCGUGAAGUGGCCGGAUAAAUGAAACGAAUAAUACUUCUAUUUAGCGUGAUUGUUAGUGUACAUUUGUGUAUUGCCAGUCGAUCAAUGUGAGCUUUGGCUCUGAUAGUGAAAGUGGGUCUCAAGGAUACUCGAUUACCUCCACAACAAAGGCCUGUCACAUUCUGUGAACUGAGCCACAGGACUUGCUCUUCCAUCCGUUUUAGUGUCGCAUCUCCCAUCACACGAGUGCAAAUAAUAAAAGCACAUCAGGCAAUAUUUUUACAAUACCACAAUUUACCAAUGAUACCGUCUGUUUUACCUGGAACUCUGAGUGUUUCCAAAAAGACAAUAUAUCUGUCUUUAAGGAACCUUACAUUUGUACCGUAAUCACAUUGAGGGAUAACCAUGUUGAGAAUUAAAUUCAUAAUUCAAAGAUGUAUUUGUAACUCUUACUGAGAGGUAAUAUGAUCCAACUGCACAGGUGUUUUGGGGCAAAUCGCCUUUUUAAUUCAGAGUUCUUGCUGUAACCUUUUUAGGGAUGUUUCUAUUGUUCUGGGAAUUUCUGAAUACUGUUGAUUUCCAAAGUUGUCCUUUGAAAAGAUUGGUCUAAUGUAGUAGUUGUGUUUUUUCCCAGUGUAACUUCAAGUCAUUUUAUCUGGGCAUCUGUUUCAUGUAAAGUUCUCCAAUGCUACAGAAAAGGGGUGAGGUCAUCAGGGGGCAAGGCUCCGACGUGUAAUGUGUGAAGUUAGAAGAACAAGAAAUGCUUUAAUGUUUAUAGAAGGCUGCGAUUACACUACAAUACGCCGUGUACUUAAGCUAAUUAUCCUGCUUACGGGUCAGUAAAGGUGUUCGGUCAGGUUUUACUUAAUGAAAGAAAACACUCUGGUCCACAAAGGCCACUAUGUGUCAUCCACCAAGUGACCAAACAAGAUGAUCAGGUUUCAUCAGUGCACUGAAGAACAAAUGACAUGUAUUUUUGUAAAUAAGUGGCCUCUGUGAUGAGCAUGCUGAGGGAGUUUUGAAUGGGAAGUGGUGGGUAAGUUUGGGGUUUUGUCAUCUUUCUUUUUUUUCUGUAACUGAAAUGUUGGACCAAUGGAUCAGGGCUAUAGCAGAUGAGUCAGGCAUGAUGUGAUGGAACAUGCUCUACGAUUACAUGUCAGGGUAAUGGGACCAACAUGUGGCCUGAUCUGACGGCUAAAUGUUUUACUUUUUAACUGUUUUAUGCAUUUUUUAUGACAUUUCACUUGAUACUGUUUCAAGUGUGGUGUAUUUUAGAGAUUAAUUAUUGAGUGAAAGCAUGAGGCAUUUGUUUUGUUUACUUUUGAGAUUUUGUUGGGGUCAGUGUGAUUCAUUUUCAAUCUAUGUUUAUUAGAGCAAAUUGAAUCAAAACAGAAAUGACUGAAUCCAUUUGUCACUACAGAUGUUUGUACCGGCACUACGGAUGGAUCUGAUCUUCUCUAAAUGCCAGAAUAUAUACAAUAUUCCUCAAAGCUCAUACACUACAGAGAAUAUACUGUACAAUGUCGUAGGCUGGAUGAUUAAUGGUACAAUAGUCUAUAAUAAAGUCUGAAAUAUCAA